AAUGUUUAACAGUCAAAGUCUGGUAGAAUGCAAUUUGUUUAAUAGCAUAUCACUGUCAAUGCUUGUUUUAAAUAUUGUAUUGUAUUGAAAUUACACAAAAAAAAAAAAUAUUAUACAAACAAGCCAAAGUUCAACUAAACAAGACAGUGUACUAUCAAAUACUAUAUAGCUCUCUCCUUAACUUUUAUGUAACAAAUGUAUUUAUUUGUCUCUUUAUGCUACGCCAUAUGAUUCUAAGUCUUCUCCUCUUUUUUCAAAAGUCUUUCGUUUUUAAUGGUUUCCGGUUAGCUAACAUCUUAUUAUAUAAUCACACUACAAUCACAUUCCCAUUUGCAGUACAACUGUUUUUUCUUCUGAUCCAAACAAUCGAUCAUUCAUGACCAUUCUUACUUUGCAAAUGUCACUUCUUUUUCUUCUACUUUUAUCUUUAACCACAUUUCACAAAACCAUGUCUACCAAUGAACACAGAUUGGUUCAAUGCAAUGAGAAAGAUCAAGAGACUUUGUUAAUCUUCAAAAAGGGAAUCAAUGAUAGUUCAUAUGAUAAGAUAUCAACAUGGUCAACCGAAAAAGAUUGUUGUGCAUGGGAAGGAGUUCAUUGUGACAACAUUACUGGCAGAGUUACAGAACUUGAUCUUAAACAGUAUCUUCUGAAAGGUGAGAUCAACUUGUCUAUCCUAGAACUUGAGUUUCUUACUUACUUAGAUUUGAGUUUGAAUGAUUUUAAUGUGAUAAAUAUUCCAACCACUGAACACAACAUCACACAUGCAUCUAAACUUUUCUACCUUGACUUAUCCGGCAACUUGGGUGUUGAUCUUCACAUGGAUGAUCUUCAAUGGAUUACUCCACUUUCUUAUUUGAAAUAUCUGAACCUUAGUGGAAUUGAUCUUCAUAAGGAAACCAAUUGGCUCCAAGCAUUGGCUACACUUCCUUCACUAUUAGAAUUACACUUGAUUGAAUGUAAACUGAACAACUUCAUGACCAACCCAUCUAUUGAAUAUUUGAAUCUGUCUUCACUUCUAACUCUUGAUCUUUCUUUCAACAACUUCUCCUCUCAAUUACCUAAGGGGAUUUUUAAUCUCACCAAAGAUCUCAACUAUCUUGUCCUUUGGGGAAACAAAAUACAUGGUGAGAUACCUUCAAGCUUGCUAAACCUUCAAAAUUUGAGAUUGCUUGAUCUCUCUUAUAAUCAAUUACAAGGAUCAAUUCCAGAUGGAAUAGGCCAACUACCAAAUAUUCGACACCUUGGUCUUUACAGUAACAUGUUAAGUGGUUCCAUUCCUUCAACUAUAGGAAACCUCUCAUCCUUACAUCACUUAUCUAUUGGCUAUAAUAAUUUCUCAGGUGAAAUUUCAGAAAAAACUUUUUCCAAACUCUAUAAUUUAGAUUCUCUAGACUUGAGAGAUUCAAAAUUUGUAUUCCAAUUUGAUUUGGAUUGGGUUCCUCCUUUUGAACUCCAAUACCUUUCAUUGAGCGAUACAAAUCAAGGUCCAACCUUUCCAUCUUGGAUAUAUACACAGAAGUCACUGCAAGUGCUCGACUUAUCGAGCUCGGGAAUUGCACUAGUAGAUAGAAACAAGUUUUCGAGCCUAAUAGAAACAAUACCAGAUAUUAUUUUGUCAAACAAUUCCAUGACCGAAGACAUAUCAAACCUAACACUAAAGGGCAAUUACUUAGCGUUGGAUCACAAUAAUUUCACAGGAGAACUCCCACACAUAUCACCAAUGGGAGUUUCGGUUGAUUUUUCUUUCAACUUCUUCUCAGGAUCAAUUCCACAUAGUUGGAAGAACUUGAAAGAUUUACAAUACGUUAACUUGUGGAGUAAUAACUUAUCUGGUGAAGCUCUAGUGCAUCUCUCUAAUUUGAAAAAAUUGAAGAUCUUGAACUUGGGAGAAAAUGGAUUUUCUGGAACCAUACCAAUCAAGAUGUCACAACACUUAGAAGUGGUCAUAUUGAGAGGUAACCAAUUUGAAGGGGAUAUUCCACUACAGAUAUUCAACCUCUCUGAUAUGUUUCAUUUGGACCUUGCACAUAACAAUCUUUCAGGAUCUAUACCAAAGUGUGUCUACAACUUAACUCAAAUGAUUAAUUCUACAAGGAACGAUCCAUCUAUGGCUGUAGUUGAGUUGUUUACAAAAGGUCAAGAAUAUUAUGUGCAAAAUAUUUACACAAGUAGGCAAACAAUUGACCUUUCAUCUAAUAACUUGUCUGGAGAAGUGCCAUUGGAAUUAUUUCAGCUUGUUCAACUUCAAACGUUAAACUUAUCUCACAAUAACUUGAUUGGAACAAUACCAAAGACAAUUGGAGGCAUGAAAAAUAUAGAAUCUCUCGAUCUCUCCAAUAAUAAGCUUUGUGGUGAAAUUCCUCAGAGCAUGGCUCUCUUAAACUUUUUAGGUUAUUUGAAUUUAUCUUGCAAUAAUUUUAAUGGAAAAAUACCAAUAGGAACUCAACUUCAAAGUUUUAAUGCAUCGAGCUACAUUGAAAAUCCAAACCUAUGUGGAGCUCCUCUUAAAAAUUGUUCCACAAAAGAAGAAAAUCCCAAAACUGCAACAUCUCCCAAGAAUGAAGAUGAUGACUCGAUAAUAGAAUCAUUGUAUCUAGGGAUUGGAGUCGGAUUCGCGGUAGGUUUCUGGGGGAUAUGUGGUUCUUUGUUUCUUAUUAGGAAGUGGAGGCAUGCAUACUUUCGGUUUACUAAUGGAGUGGGUGACAAGCUAUAUGUAACUUUGAUUGUAAAGUUAAAUAGAUUUCACAGAAAUUAAGCUCCUGCUAGUUAAGGUUAGUGAAACCUACUUCACAUAUUUAUUGAUUAUAGUAGAGUAUUUUGUUUUUGCGUUUCGAAUUCAAUUUGUGUAAGAUUUCUCUUAAUAUAGAUGAAAUAAAUUAUUAUCUAUUAAUUACUAUACAGAACUUCUAGCAAUGUAAUUUGUGAUAGAUAAAUUGCAAGUAUACAAUUAUCGUCAAGUAGUAAUUAAGAUAUCGUGUCCACGAGGAUUGUCUUUAACUUUGAACCAAAAAAAUUAAACCAAUGCUUACGAGAAAAUAAAAGAAUAUUUGGGGGGAUUUAUUCAUAAGAAUUUGUUGAAAACGAAAAUUGGAAUUUUAUCGAACCGUUGGCGGGCGAUUGGAUCUCUUAGGUUCAUCUCAAAGUAAUUUGUUUGGUGAAUCAUAUUAUACACUCAUGAAUUACUCAACUAGUUUCAAGAUUUAAUCAUGUAAGAGUAUAUCAUGUAAUCUUGUAUUAGAUAGACUAUAAGGAAUAAGUAAGUCUUAUAGGAUAAGAAUAGAUAGCAGCUGGUGUAUUAGUCGUCGCAUAUGAGACUAAUACACCCCCAAGGUCACUCUAUAUAUAUGAGGACCCUAACUGUUUGUAAUCACAAUUGAGAAAUCAGAAAUAACAAACCAACAGAAUCAGUUACGAUUUUGUAUUUUCAAAGACAUCGGUUCUAUGUUACAUAUAUUUACUUAUGAUUCAAGAGGUUGCAAAGUGAAAAAUUCUACAAUAAGAUUCACAAAUUAAACAAGAUGCAGAACAAUAGUCUUUUUUUAUUCAACCGAAUUGCCUUGCUGUCUAAUUCCAUUUUGAUUUUUGCAUAAUUUGUUAUCUGGGUUCAUUGCAGUAUCGUUCAAACCAUCACUUACAUGGAAUUUUAAUCUUGAGACAAACAUCAAAUAUUGGCAUAGAUGACUUUAAAAUGAACAGUUUGAGUUGAGUGAUGGUUUAAACUAUAAACUGAAAACUUUCAUUGAAAUUUAUCUUCGUAUGUAUAUUAAUCGAGAAACACAAUACCGCUAUGUUGUACUCGAACUUCAGACUGAAGUCGUGUCCAGUGUCCGACACAACACCAACACGUGUGGUUACAUUUAAUCACUUCUAUUUCCUUAAAUUACUAUUGUGGUCUACAUAUUAAUAUAUAUGUUCCAUGUGUAGUGCAGAACCAUGUGUCAGUGAUUCAUAGCUAUGACAUUCUGCAAUCUACUAAAAUUUUCAUGAAAAAUUUUUCUGUGCAAAAUGAAAUAUCUCGAGGUGUAUUAGGGGAUUGGGUAGUUGUGUCAUGUGUGUCAGUAAGUGAGAGGGUUCCCAAAUAUUUUUCUAUUCAAAAUUCAGUAAAAUUCAUCCCAGACAUAUUGUAGUGCUAUAACUAGCUCUGUCGUUUCCCCUGUUGUUUGGUUAGUACGUAUGACCGCACACAAUUUAGAGACCAAAAG